GUAUAGUUAUUAUUUCUGCAUUUUGUUUUUUUCUCUGAAACUCAAAGCCUAUGGCGUCGGCGAAGCUAUGGGGGUCCUCCGCGUAUGCACCUUGAAGACGAAGGAGACAACCAAGCCGUCACUAGAAUUGUUUCCGGACCAGAUUGUGAAACUGUGGUCUUGCCUGUCUUCUACCAAACGGACAGCCGCGCUUGCAAUGCGUAUUACCCCUUCACCGACUCUAACUCCGAUUCUGGUUCCGUAUCUUGUCCGGAUACAGGGCUGGAUCCGGACAGCUUUUUCAUUGAUUUCUUCGACCGAGACUCGUACGAGGUUGACGCGGUCGAGGAGUUUAUUCGGACCCCAAUCCGGCGCUCAGGAGUCGAUGAUUUCAAUCUAUGGGGCUUUCACGAUGCGGAUGAAGACGAGAUGAAGGAGCUAGGUUUAUGUCUCGGGGUCGAGUCGGGGUCCGAUCAGCGGCGCGGUGAUUCGAGUGGGCAUGGGCUGCGCGUAACCGCGAUUGAUUCGAAUUCUGAUUACGAAGAUGGUAUCUUGGAUUUGAAUGCUAGCGAUAACAGGAAUGAAGAAUCUGAGUCGGGUCGGGUCGUCGAUGGCUCGGGUCUUCCUCCGAUUCGGGACAGCUUCUUUGGCGAGGAAGCCGUCGUGGCUGAUGAAGAACUUGAGUGGGAGGAGGUGCAUGAAGCGAUCACUUGGACAUAUGAACCUGUCCAAGUUAGGGGUUUUGCCAUUCCCGAAGAAGAGGGAGAACUGUCUUCAUCUUCCAGGGACGAUCACGAGCAUGAUCUAGAUUGGCAGGUUUUGUUAGCAGUUAACAAUGUUGUUAAUUACAUCGAACAAGCUGAAGGAAUCAGCCUAACCGCUGAUGACGUCGAUGCUAAUUAUUACCUGUAUUUAGCUAAUAUCGAUGAAUAUGAUGAAAAUCAUGGAGAUCACGAUGCAAUUUUCCGGCAAAUGUUUGAUAACGAGACUGGAAUCGGGGGAAACCCUCCAGCAGCCAAAAGGGUAGUCAAGGAUCUUCCACUCGUUGAAUUUACAGUGGAGAAAUUGGGGAAAGGGGAGGUCGUUUGUUCGGUUUGCAAGGAUAAAAUUGCCAUUGAGGAGAAAGUGAGGAGGCUUCCUUGUAGACAUUAUUAUCAUGGGGAUUGUAUUCUGCCUUGGCUGGGGAUAAGGAAUACAUGUCCGGUUUGCCGGUAUGAGCUUCCUACUGAUGACCCUGACCAUGAAAGGACUAGGAGACAACAAAGGAGUGACAGGCUUGGCAAGAGAGUCAUUGGUUAGAUAGGGUUUCUGAAUUUGAAGUAUUGUAGUUGAUGCCAAAAUACAUGGUCUUUGCAGAUACAAGCUCGUGAUCCGGCUUAUCUUUGGUAAUCGGUUGUCAUGAAUGUCGAUCUUAUCCUGUUUAAUAUGUUGUAUAUAUCCUUGUGUGAAGGAAAUCCCUUUGCAGCCCGAUCUUGUGAAUGUAUAUUUAAUUAGGUUUCGGGUUUUUACCCAUUCCUGAAGGCUUGAAAGGGAAAUGUCCUUUGAUUUGAGAUGAUGGUUAAAUACAUCCAGCUUUCCCUUACUUCAGCAGCUGAGCUUGCAUUAGUUUGGUCAGAUAACCUUUUGGAAUGACAUGAAAGAGAGCUCUCUGUGUGCUGCUUGUUCUAAAAAAUACUCUCUAAAUUUAAAGUUUUUCUUUGAUACUCAAAAGCUUUUACAAGUAUGCAACAUUUCUGAUAGCCUGUGUAUUGCUCUUGGAUUUACGGGUGAAACUAUUAAGCUUUGACACAUGCUGAUAGAAGAAAAGAAGAUAUGAAAACAUCAUGAACGUUUUCAGCCGAACAGGUUCCGGAUCGUUAUUCUUGCUCUGUUGAUGCUAGACUUCUAUUUAGUUUCGCUUUGGCAGGUCAAGGAUAGAUCGUGUAUCAUGCGGUGAAGAAUGACCGAGUUUGCAAGGGAAUAAAAGCUGCUCGUCCUUGCCAAUACCAUGCCUAGCUCUUGGAUACAUUCCUCAAUCUGGGUAUUCUUCGGACUUGUAGUUCUUUUCUCAUGAUGAAUUACUUUUACACACCACAUGCAUGCACGGUUGGGAUCCUCAUUUUGUUCUCAUGCCAUUGAGAGGAUAGGCAUCGUCGGUAGAGCGCACCAUGGCCAUUCCUCGCAACUCUGAUAGGGACAUGACAGAGAAUCCCCAGCAUUUGAUCAUAGUGAAGUCUAUCUAUAUCUACAUCCAGUCUUGCCGGCAUUCCCCUCUCUUAACAUUUUUAUCGUAGCUUUAUAUUUGUCUAUACAGAUACCGACUGCUACUCGCAUGCUCCUGUGAAUAAUUCAAUCUGCAAUGCUUGGACCGGCGAUCACCAUCAUGUGAAAACCUUUAUGAGCUGUGAUGAAGACACAAAGUGCAGCUUUUGCACUGUGUGACCAGUCAAUUCUCUUGCACAAAAACCUUCGAUCACUUGAAAGAUUGAAGAAGCUCCAAACUCUCACGACAUGGUCGGUUGCUAUUAUAAACUGUUUGGUAUGGUACCGCCAUGAAUGUGUGGUUAGUGAUUAAACCAUUGGAUUAGAAAUUGCUGAUGGUUUUCCAUUAUUUAAUCAGUUGUAUCAACCGGUCUAGGAUUGAUUUUCAAAUUCUAAAACCAGGUUUAGUCCA